CAUGGAGAGCGACAGCCACCACUCUCACAUCUAGUGCCUGAUCCACAAGCCUUCAUCACCCAGGGAGGAGCUCUCAGGUCCCGGCCGUCUCCCUGCUACUGUAGAAUGAAUAUGCUCAAGUCCAGUGGACUGAAAAUCCCUGGCCGCGGGCCCAAGCAUUCCAGCCCAGUGGGAAGGACCUCAGCGGGAGGAACUUCUAGCCCUGUCGUCCCUAAAGACAAUACUCCACUCAAGCCCAUCACACCAACUAAAAUCUCGGAAGAAGGCGAUGAUGUUUUGGGGGAUUACACAGUGGGUGAGCAGGUAUGGGUCAACGGCGUCAAACUAGGAGUUAUCGCCUACCUAGGGGAGACCCAGUUUGCCCCAGGACAGUGGGCAGGCGUGAUACUGAAUGACCUAGUUGGCAAAAACGAUGGUUCGGUGGGCGGCGUGCGCUACUUUGAGUGCCAGCCCCUCCAGGGCAUCUUCACGCGACCCUCGAAGCUCAACCGGCAGCCAGUGGGAGAAGGAAGCGAUAGCCACUCCACUGACUCGCUCUCUGCCCAGAAUCAGACUCAGCAAGGCAGCAGUGGCACCCCUUCUGGUCAGCGGGUGAUAAUGCCACUCAGAGAGGGCUUACUCAACAGCGCCGUGAAAACGGGCAAUGAGUCGGGGUCCAACAUGUCUGACAGUGGAUCGGUUAAGAAAGCUGGAGAUAAGGAUCUUCGAGUUGGAGAUCGAGUUUUGGUUGGGGGCUCUAAAAUGGGAGUCAUACGCUACAUGGGGGAGACAGACUUCGCCAAGGGUGAAUGGUGCGGGGUCGAGCUGGAUGAGCCCCUGGGAAAGAAUGAUGGUGCUGUAGCUGGUACAAGAUACUUCCAGUGUCUUCCCAAGUUUGGCCUCUUUGCUCCGAUCCAUAAGGUGAUCCGCAUCGGCUUCCCCUCCACCAGCCCGGCCAAGGCAAAGAAGAGCAAACGGGUGGCCAUGGGGGUUUCCUCUCUGGCCCACAGCCCCAGCAGCUCCUCCAUCAGUUCAGUCAGCUCGGUGGCCUCCUCUGUGGGUGGACGACCGAGCCGAGCUGGACUGCUGACAGAAACAUCAUCACGCUACGCCCGGAAGAUCUCGGGCACCACCGCGCUCCAGGAAGCCCUGAAGGAGAAGCAGCAGCACAUUGAGCAGCUGCUGGCCGAGAGAGACUUAGAGCGAGCCGACAUGGCCAAGGCCACCAGCCACAUCUGCGACGUGGAGAAGGAGAUGAACACCAUCAAGACACAGCACGUUCAGUAUGUAACAGAAAACGAGAAUAACCUCCAGCAAGUCAAAGCCAUGUUGGCCAGCACACAGAAAGAUAAACUGGAACUGGCCAAUCAGCUUGAAGAAGAGAAAAGGAAAGUGGAGGAUCUUCAGUUCAGAGUAGAGGAGGAAUCAAUCACCAAGGGAGACCUGGAGACUCAGACAAAAAUGGAACAUGCCCAUAUUCGUCAGCUUGAGCAGAGCCUGCUCCUCGAAAAGUCGAGAGCAGAGGGGCUUCACAAAGAAUUAGAGAAGAGGAGGCAAACCACAGUCGAAGAGCAGAGUCGCAUUAUGCAGCUGGAGGAGGAGCUCAGCGUCAGUAGAGCAGAGAUUGCGAGCCUUCAAGUUCAACUCAGAGGCACCAACUCGAGCUCGCAAGAAGCCAACGACAGCGACGCAGCCCCGGGGUCUGACAUCAAGCCAGAGACCCUCCUCCUGCGAGAGCAGCUGCUGUCAGUGGGCCGCGAGCACUACAAGGAGAGCAGCGAGCUUAAAGAGAAGUACGAGAAGGAAUUAUCAGCCAGCCAGCAGGAGGUAGUCUCGCUGAAGGCAGUGGUUGAUAAACAGAACCAGGAGAUCAGUGAGAUGAAGCAGAAAGUCCAACAGGCCACCAAGGAAAACAUGGAAAUGAUGGACACCUGGAAGUCCAAAUUUGACACUUUAGUGAUCGACCACCAGCGAUCUUUGGAAGAACUGAAAGCCUCGCUGAGUAGUAAUCACACUACUCCAGCAGGCCCAGAGCAGGACGCUCAGGAGCUGAGAACCUCCCUGGAGAGCUUGAAGAUGGAGCACCAGUUGGAGAUGGAGAAUCUCAAGGCCAAACACGCCAUCGAAGCCGCCAUUCUGUCAAAGGAACGCGAGGAUCUUAGCGCUCGUCUGCAAGAUGCCAAAAACCAGCUGGCUGAAGGAAACCAGACGUGGAGGACCGAGGUGGAGGCCAAAAGCGGGAAGCAGGCCUUGGAAGAGGCUACUGAUAAGCUACAUAAAGCAGAGCAAAGGCUGGCAGAGAUGGAGAAGCUUCGGAUGGAGCAAGACAAAAGCAUGGAGGAGCUGAGAGCGAGGCUGGAGCUGUCAGAGAAGAAAAUGACGGACUACGAAGCCCUGCAGAAGGCCCAGGCGGAGAGCCAGGAAGAGAUCCAGAAACUGGAGGAGAAGCUGAGGGUGACAGCGAACCAGCUCCAGGCCAUCCAGUCAGACCGCUACACAUCCCACGAUGCAAAUGUGAUAGAGGAUAAUGAAAUUUCAGAUGAGAGGAUGAAGCUAAAACAGAAUAUCGAAGAAACAAUGGAGAAGUUGCUGAAAAGGGAAAAAGAGGUCUCCACUCUCACUUCCCAGGUUGAAGCCCUCAAAUCACAGAUUGGAGGGCUGGAGGGUAAAGUUCGCUCAGGGGAGAAGAAGGCUGAAGCUCUGGCCAAAGAGAAGGUGCGUGUAGAGGCGGAGCUGGAAUCCAUGACCAGGAAGUCCCAUGAUGCCUCUGGGCAGCUGGUCAGCAUCAGCCAGGACCUUCUGAAAAAAGAGAGGAGUCUGAAUGAGUUGAGGGUCUUGCUCCUGGAGUCACAUCGCCAUUCACGAGACAUGGAGAAAGACCUGAACCGAGAAGUGCACAAGGCCGAGUGGAAGGUCAAGGAACAGAAGCUUCAGGAUGAUAUCAAGAGCCUGCGAGAAAAACUUCUUCUGCUGGGUCGUGAACGCUCUUCACCCGACCACCGGCGGUACUCCAUGCUGGAGCCCUCAGCCCUGGACACUGAGGUGAACCGCCUGCGCCAGAGGCUGCUCAGCACCGAGGAGGCCCUGAGAAACGCCCUGGAACAUAACCAGCAAGUCGACCAGCUGGUCCAGGCCAUGGGCAGGCGUCCAGAGAAAAGCCCGGUGCAUGGUGCAAAUUCAGCCAAUGGAAUUCAUCAUCAGGAGUCAGACAAUACUCGAGAUGUUGGAACAACACUGAUAUGAGCAAACAAGAUGAGACUGAACUGGGACACGCAGAGGUACAUCUUAAAAGGAAAACCUUGUCCAACAUUUCGCCUGAUCCUGCGAUGGACGUCUGAAGAAAAAAAAAAAAUUCAGUUUACAGUUUUAAAAAACCAAAACAGCGAAUCUCUAUCUCAAGUGAAAUUAUGUGUUGUUGCAGAAAGCACCUAUUAGCAAAACAUGAGGACCGCUUUACAGUACUAUAAAAAUAUAGACAGGAAAUGGGACAAUGGACAUGAAGAGAUAUUAUCGGUACAACUCCUGAUGGCAACUUCUGAUGCUUUACUGUAGUUAGAAAAGUUUUGAGUCUACACGUUGCCAGAAACUCUUUUGACAAUUCUGAAUUUUGAUCCGGACGGCGAAAAUGGAUGAUGAUGAUGAUGAUGAUGAUGGACGUCGAGGUUGAAGAACUGAACUGGGUCUCAGUCGCUUUGUUUGUUUUUUAUUUAUUACUUUUACUUUGCUCCUCAGCAUUGUAAUAAUCAUCUAUAGAUGAGCUGUCUUGGCCAGUGACACUCAGAGAAACUCUUGAAGGAUGACACUGACAUUUUUUAUUUUUAGGGAUUUGGCUCAUUUGUCACCUUUUAUAAGAGGAUUUGAUAGCAAACUUGUCACAGUUAGCUCUGUCCAGUGCACACGGACCUGCUUUAAUGCACAAAUUGAUGACAUAAUUGAGGUUGAUUUGUAUUAUUGUACACGUUUUUGUCUUUUUAAGUAUCAAAACAGUUGAAAAAAUGCUCAUUAUUUCAUCCCUUGUGGUGUAUGGAGGUUUUGGGUAGACUGAAUCCAUUUGGGUUAUAUAACAGAUUACAACAGUGACCAGUUUGGGUUUUGGAAAAAAACUGGAUGAAAAUGUCUCAAAACCACAAAAAAACUUCUCAGUUCCCACAGCGUAAUGAGGCUCUUCAUUUUCCAUUUAUGUGUUAAGUAUGAUUCACACACUAUAUACAUGUCAAGGAGCCAAAUUGUUCAGCCAGAAUGUGGCUAACUACACCGCUCCUGUCUCAAUUUGGAGAUUUUAUACCACAAGUUUAAAAAAAAUGUCUUGGUUCAUAAAGUCAGGUAUAAAUAAAGAGUACAAAAAUGUGUUGCUAUAUGGCAAACAUCAGCAGCAAGUUACUUGUGAAGUAUUCUGAAUUUUAAAAAAUCUUCUAUCUAUCUAAAACACAUUUCAGGUUGUAGAUUCAGGUCUUUAAGGGAGCAAUC